AUGUGUCACCUAGGCGCCGCCGUCGGACUCGAUAACAGAGAGCGUGUAGUCCUGUCCCAGUCUAGUUGUGUAGACGACAGCAGCAGGCUGCGAGGUAGUGCCAGUGCCCCCAUACACAGGCAUAGAGGAAGGAGCUGUGCUGUCAGCCAGUACCGAUCGAGAGAGCGAAGCCAAGAAAGAGCUGUGAGGAGGGAAGACACCGAAAAAAAAAGAAAAAAGUCAACAACGACGAAGACGUCGGCGACGGCUUGAGUGUGAGAAGAGCGAGAGGUGAAAAAAGGAAAAAAUUACAUUGGCGAUAUAUCAAUGUGUGACAAAGGAUCGCGCGCGGAAUAAGCGAAACGGCCGGCAAGCACAAAUCAUCAACGCAGAUAUUAAAUGAGAAUAAACAUAGUGUUAAAUCUGAAAACGUCAAAAAAACAGAAAGAAGCUUUGAAUCGAAUCAAAUUUUGGUGCUCGACGACGCUCCGUGCCUCUGUCCUCUAAGCUACUGCUGUUCGUGUCUCAGAUCUUCUUCUACUACUGCAGCGAUUUUAUCCAUUAUAUCGUAAUAAUAUCGCGUCGUAAACCUACAAUCAAUGAAGAAAGCAGUCAAUCAGUGAGUCGUUAUUAGCAAAGAGUAAUAGUAACCAGAAUGGUAUAAUUUGUUCUUGUUUGUAAGCCAGUCAGUCCGUUUCACUGUUGUUACUGUUCGAUCAACAACGAGAUCGAAACGCAUUCAAGCUACCAAUUAGUCUUUCUCUAUUAGCGGAAGAAAUCCAAAUCUUCUAAGCUUAACGAAAUUAUUCUUUCAUCUUCUCAUCUGAUUGUCAGCAAUUCGUAUCGACGUGUAAAAAAGCGCGCGUUCGUUAUAAAGUCACCUUCUGUUCAACGUCUCGUCCGACUGAAGCUGCGGGUUCCAUUACACUCGUAUUGUACGGCACAGGCUAAUCGUUGUGUUGGUGAAUCGUUCGUUCAAAAUUACGAAGUUUACUAUCUAUUGUUGCCUUUUAUCGCUUCGUAAUUGCGAUUUCUGUGAGGGUGUGAUCGACGAGCACUCAAGCUCCAUAUAGUUCCAUAGUUCUUUGUAAUAAUCAGCGCGCGGAGAAACAACAAUUGAAAACAGCUUCUUUUACUUCGUCCAUAGAUCACAGCGUCUACAGCGAGAAUCGUGUGAGAAUCUUCGUGAUACUCGCGUGCUGCUAUCGCUGUUUCAGCUACUUAUCAGCAAAUCAGCUUGUGCAUCUCCCACUGCCACGAAAAUUCUUCUAGAUCUUCAGCUCAUCUCUUGAUCUUCUGAUAUCUUCUUCAGCAGUGGAGUUAUUAACGACAAAGGUCCUCCAACUAUCCCGAUUGGCGCUCGUUAACACUGCAGUUAACGUUUAUUCACCGCUAACAACAACGACGACGACGACGACGACAAUAAUCGUAAUAACAGCGACAAAGGCCAAGACAAGUAUACGACUUAGGACGUGCCAGCAGGUAGUCCCAGCGGGAACUGCUGCCGAAUGUUAUAAUAUAAGAAUACAGUACAGUUAACACUGAUGAUUCGUACUGCAAUCAUCUAAUUAGGGAAAAAUCGACGAAUCAGAAGCCAACCUAAAUCAUCUACAACAACAGCAGUGGCGGCAGCAGUAAUCAACAAGAUAAGGCGACGAUUCAACUGUAUUGUGGAAGCAGGUCUCUAUUUAUGGAUCGCUGAAUUUCAGCAAUAACAUUUAUGUACGAUACAAUGCACAAUACAUAGUUGUCCACAAUAGCUAAUACGUCUGUAGGACAAGUAACUUAUAGUCUGUUGUCGGAAGAUACGCGGCUGCGUAAAGCUUCUCCAAAAAGAGUGCAAUAAAAUAUCUUCCACUUCUUCAGGAAGCUGGAAGAGCUGUUAGAAUAGUUCAUCAAGUCAAGCACAGUCUUCCAAGCCAUCAUCAGUCAUAGUCAGAUGUCAGCAGGAUCUGCUAGAAGUGUUAGCAUCCGUGGUUAGCUACCAUCGUAUCUAAGCUAGCCAACAGCUACACAAUCCAGGAUUGAUUUUUGUACGUCUCGAGGAUUUAGAGUGCAGCCAGAGAGUUAAGGGCCGUGCUAGCAACAGCAGCGGGUGGUGAUUAACUAGGUCAGCGGUUAGCUCAUGUAGCAACGUAUCGGCCACAUGUCAGGCAAAAAUCACGAAUACGACAGUCUUCGAUUGGGACCGAAGUGAAUAAAGGCUUCCUGCCGUCCCGCAGUGUUACCGCGGCGAGAAGAAACGUUGCAGCACGUGACGUUGCAUUGCGAAAUAGCUUGUUUCCUCAUUCCUAGUAGCGUGUUGGGGUCAUUAGCUGCCGCGGGACUACGCUAUUCUUCACUCGAUUUCAGUGACUUUUCGACUAACCACAUUAAUAACUUCUACAAUAUCACCAACUACUGCUUCCAGCAAAGCAUUUAGUUCUCAUAGAUAAAAGCAACGUUUUUGAUCUUCGUUGAGUUAAGGAAACAGCUGAUUGUUGACGUCGAGCGUGGAGUUUGUUGUUUUCAACAAAGUUUCUACAGUGAGCGCCAUCAUAGCCCAACCCGAACAAUUAAGGCUGGGCUUGUUGCUCUGGGUCAAUCAAUAGGCCAGUGUCAUCGGAAUUGUGCAAUUUCAAUUUUGUGUCCGUGUGUGUAAGUGAUAGUGUAUCGCACUCGAGUAACAGCAACAAAACAACAGACGACAUAACAACAUAAACAAACAAUUUCUAUUCAUCGUUAAUAGUAACACCGUUGUUAAUCUGUAUUUCUUGAGGAUAUAAACCAGCGUCAUUUGUACACUGACAUCAACGUUCGAUCGCGACUACGUAAGAAACUCGCGCGGAUUAGUAGAUUAGAAUGUCCAAUAGUCAUAAUCGUUAUUCUCAACAGUGAGGUGUACCAGGUACUAUGAGGUAAUAGUCAUAGCUGUGAGGAACAACGGAAGCAAGCGAGUACUCCCAGAGACAACGAGGGAAUCCCGCUCAAUUAAACAACAACAAAUCAUUCAAAAAGUAACUGCUGCCAUUUUUUCCAAUACUAGUCCCCGAACUUCAAACGCUCCUUCUGCAGCUGACGGACGUUCAAUUAAAGCGUCUGCUGUAGGCGCCUACAUCACGAAGUAUCGUUGUGCCAAACUUCAUCACGCAUUGGUUCUAGCACAGAGACCCAACCAGUUUCAAAUCAAAUAGUCCAAGCAAUUGAGAACUGUCAACGUUCUCGUCGUCUGUCGGCAUCGUCACUGCUGGACGAUUUCUGCCGGAGUGAUUUCUGCUUCACGCCGUUGUUAACAACAGUGGAUAGAUAACGACCUUCGACUGGACAGCUCGCAGUUAAGUUAAAAUUGGUUGUUAACAAAAGCUGUCACUGCUCAAAACGUCUAUAGUGUGACAUCGGAGAAAGCGAAAUCAAUUAGUGGUAAAAGUAGUCCCUGCUGGUGUUGCUGUUAUUGCAAGAGUUGGUCAGGUAAAAACCGCAGUUGUAAACCACCGAAUCCUACAGACGACGCGCGCCAUCGGAUAUCAAAGCGUCACUAUCGGAUCGCAAGUUAGGAACGUAAUAAGCACGAUGGAUUCCGAAGUAGCUGUACAGUCCGCGGCCAGCUCACCGAACGAGGCUGCGCAUGACCCGGGGAAAAUGUUCAUAGGAGGAUUAAGCUGGCAAACUGCACCAGAGGGCCUCCGGGAAUACUUUAGCAAAUUUGGCGAAAUAUCCGAAGUGAUGGUCAUGAAGGAUCCCACAACAAGACGGUCCAGGGGAUUCGGUUUCGUAACAUUCGCCGAUCCCGCUAGCGUCGAGAAAGUCUUAGCCAAUGGACCUCACGAACUCGACGGAAAAAAGAUUGAUCCGAAAAUUGCCUUCCCAAAACGCGCACAUCCUAAGGAUAGUGCCAUGUUGUCCGGGCCUGCUGAUCAGUUUGCGGCCGCGUUCGAACUCGCCCUCGACGCCAAGCUAAACAAGUAUAUCCUUCAACAGACGCAGGCAGCCCAGGCGGGCAUUGCCACUGCGGAACCCGCUGUCACCGCCAGUGAGAUGGUCACGCGAACAAAAAAAGUAUUUGUAGGAGGCCUCUCAGCACCCACUACACUCGAGGACGUGAAAAAUUAUUUCCAACAGUUUGGACGGAUAGAGGACGCUAUGCUCAUGUUCGAUAAACAGACGAAUCGGCAUCGAGGGUUCGGCUUCGUGACUUUUGAGAGCGAGGAUGUCGUAGACAAAGUAUGCGAGAUCCACUUCCAUGAAAUUAAUAACAAAAUGGUGGAAUGUAAAAAAGCGCAACCAAAAGAAGUCAUGAUGCCGAACAGCGUUGCUCGAGGAAGGGGUGCAGAACUGGUUUGGCCUCUUGGUGCUCUUACUGAAGCUGGCUUCCCGGCGUACGGCUAUAGCCGCGGCGGCUAUCCCGGCUACCCAACCGGAUUCGGCUACCCGUUCGCAGUCGAGCUAAAUGGACAGCAAACGUCUCCGCCGUUGCUAACGCAAGCGCUAUCAGUGAUCAACAGUUACGGGCCACAAGGUUUCGCUGCAGCCCCUGCCUCGCCAGCGAACGGAGCAGGGCCAGUUGGUGCUCGCGGCCAGCAGGCGUUCGGCUCAGGGGCGGUGGCUGGCGUAGGCGGAGUGGGUGGAGCAGCUGGCGCCAUGGGAGCUGCCGGGAACACGGCCAGUCCCGGCCCUUUAAGGUCGGCGGCUGGCAUCCAGGAGCUGUACACGACGUCAGCUUGUGGUGAUAGCAGCGCCGUCAGCUACGUUCAGACGGCGACGUCACCUCAGCCAUCGGGCUUCCCGCCGCUCACUGUCUCGAUGGGCCCGCUAAUGGCGGCCGCCUUUGCCAAUGGUUAUCACUAGAAUGUCCCAGAAUUCCCUCUCCGCCCCUUCCGCCCCCUUGAUGAAAAAUACGUCCCCGUGGUCUGAUCGCACAAGCGUUCAUCAUAUAGUAAUAAUAAUAAUAACAACAAGGACAUAGUAAGUGGUUAGCUUAGGGGAUCGAUUAGUCAGUUGACAUCGUCUGCCAUCGUGUGAUCUAGUGACAAGCGUGCGUAAUACAGGAAAAACACCUUCCAUUACGUUACGACUUGAGUGGCAAUAAUUCUCGCUUCGGCUAUAAAGAACCUCAUGUAGACACAGAAACAGAUGUUGAACAAAAGCAUUUGACAGAAAAUAAAAACUCUCUGCCAUCGAUUCAUAAAUUUUCACUAUCGCGCUUCAGCAUCGUGAAGACGACAUGAAUAAAUGAAGCGUGCUUAGACAUCGCUCGUUGAACACUGCGGUACAUAGAUAUUCUUAGCGAAGCGCUAUAGGUCACGCAGUAGGAGCGGGCCUUAGGACAUAGCGCGUUGUACGUAACGUCGUGGACCUCAUCGACGAUGAGGAUCACCAUGACAGAGCGGUCAAAGUAUUACUUAAGCAUCGACCCUGACGAUGACAAUGAUGAUCAAUAAAGAAGAUUUAGAGGAAUAAUAAUUGAAAAACAUAUGCGACGGAUCCGGGGAUUGCCAUCGAGCACAACCCCUGAUCUGACUCGACCCUGUGCGAUCGAAUUCGUCUACAAUGGCGACACGAGCGGCACAGGGAGCGAGAGGGAAGGGGCUGACGUUUGUCUGGUCUUAAUCAUCGCCAUAAAAGAACAACGCAAACGGCAAAUUAGACGACAUCGCCUGCAAAGACAAAAAGUAAGCUAAGAUGCGUUGGACUGAUUCGAUCGUCGGAAUCGUCGACCAGCUAUAAGGUGCGAAUGAGGAAUAUGCAAACGGAAGGAGGGAGAAAGGAAAAUGCUAAAACAACAACCGUUAUACUUACUAUUUGUGUAAUAGAGCAAUCUAAGCAGGGAAGUAAACCAGGCUAUAACAAAAGAGAGCACGUCUUGAGCAUACUGCUUAAACGGAUAUAAUUAACAGACACUUACAUGGGAUAAUUCAACAUGUAAUUAUCAUCAGGGAACAACUCUAUGAAGACUGAAAGACGAGAGACGAUGACGAAGAUGCAGCGAUGAAUCUCAGGGAAAGGCAUCAACACUCUGUCGUCACGUGAAAGAAAAAAAAGUCGGUGUGGCCUGGUGCGCAUUUCAACGACCCGUGACAAUACGCUCACGCUCGUGUGUGGAAAGGCAAAAAAAAUUGCCCCAUCCGCAAAUGUGACUGCGAAACAAAUAGGAAAAGACGAGCCGCCGAAGACAAGCGCUAAGAUAGAGGAGGCUAAGAUAGAGUUCGGUUUGUCUGAACUUUACGAAGAUUCCUAUCUCACGGAGAGUGUUGCGGUAGAACGGCGUCAUCCUGUACGCAACAGUAGCAGCAGCAGCAGCAGCAGCAACAAUGAAUUCAUUGCUCUUUAAGGAAUAGUAGCGGUUUGCAGAUUGCCACCGAUGCUAAUAAAUGAUCGAGCGGUUCCCAGCCCCCACAGGAACAAAGAAGUUUCAAACACAGCUGUGGUUAUGGAAGAUAUGAAGAGAAGCAUGAGCUUACUAUUCUACUAGCAAAUAAUGUGACGUUGAUCAUGUUGAAGACGUAAGAAAUGAUACUGAAAAAAGACGGCGCAAUCGAUGGAUAUUACGUGAUAUUUUAUCUAUCAAGCAGACAACAUUAAUAUAUAUAAUGAUACUGAUAAUAACAUGAAUUAUAACGGAUAAUAAUAUUAAACAAAGGAUAACGUCUACGAAGACAGCGGCCAAAAAACGAAAACAAAUGAAGUGACAAACAGAAGGUAAACGAAAGCUGCGGCAAAUGAAAAACGAAGAUAGUUUGAAAGCUGUCAUAAAAUUAAUACUGAUGAUAAAUACUAUUAUUAAUGAUAAUUACAUGUCGUGAACACUGUGACGGUUACAAACUUGUAAUAAUAACAACUAUAUAUACAUAGGUGGCAUGAAAUAUGCACUCGGUUGGACAAGAAGUUUUUGUCCUAUUUUCGCCGGUUGAGGGCUCUCACAGAACAUGAACACAGAACAACGGUAGCCAUUGGGUCGAUUAUGGCGAAAGCUAGUAGAACAUUUACAAUGGUGAUCGAGUACGCGUCGCCUCUCCCAACGAGAAAAUUUGGCGUAUGGCGGAGCCCUAUCCGCCGACAGACAAUGAACUCCAAAGGCAGACCCACCCUUAAUGAGUUGCCCUUGGCCGGGGAUUAGACCGUUGGUAACAAACUCUUAUCGAAAUAGGAUAUAAAUAUCUACACGCACUCAAAAUGACGCUACGACUAAUGAUAUAUUCGUGGUAAUGUAAGAAAAAUACACUUAAGUAUCUUCCGGCAUCGACAAGCAAUGUAUAUAUAUAUAUAUAUACAUAACUAUUAUUGUUUGAAUAAAACAUUGAAGUAACAACUGCAACAUCGAAGCCAGCCCAGGUAAAUACAGAUCAUCAGCUAUGAUUUUCUCAAGCGGCGAAACGAUAGAGGAAAUUAACGCUACCUUGUAGUGUACAACAAAGGACACUAACGAUGAUUUCCAUUUAUUAAAAAGGGCAGGGUACCGCCGAACUGGUUAAAAACAGCAUGACACCUCCUGCCUCCGUCUCGUCCACAAUGGACAUCUUUAUAGGACUUGUCUUUUUAGAUAAAGAAGACAGCCAAUACAAUCAAAUCAAGGGAAUAACAGCGGUCAAGUAUACGAGAAUUGCGUUGCUCCUCUAAACGAGACAAUACAGAGACUGAAUGAAUGUCUAACAUCGGCUCUAUAGAUCCAAUGCGCCAUUUUGAAGAACACAAUCCCCGUGAUAUGAUUCCUAACUAAUGUUCCUCGUAGCGUACAGUGGGCAAAUCCAGCCCGAUUUUUAGAUAACCGAAAUCCGACUCAACAACUCGUAGACCCAUUCGUUAUCCCUAACGGGUAGACAAUCUAUAAUUGGGGCAACGCUGUCAGCACUUACUAUAAAGUGACAAAAAAAAAAUACUUUUUUUCUAUUGGCCUUACUGCGGACUAUCUUUAUUUAAUUUCAGCUCAUCUCAACACUACUAGAAGGUCAUAUACAGUUCAACUGAUAUGCAAGUACAUACAAAAAAUUAAAACAGUAGACCGAGGCUUAGUCGUACCUAUCGCAGGGAGCAGCAUAGUAAGUAAACAUGGUAAAAAAUAACCUAAAUCAACACCUGGCAUUGUCACCGUUGUUAACGUGUGUUAGUGUGCGUGGGUGUGUGUGCGGGCGUGUGUCUAUAUGUGUGUGUGUAUGUGUGUAUGCGUCUGUGUGUAUUUGUGCAUGUGUGUGUGACAAUGAAAUUUCAUUACGGAGCGAGAUUAUGCCAAACGAGACGGAGAUACAGCACAGAUGUUGCAAUCUUAAUCUUCCCUUGAAAAUUAAGGUUUAUGGUUUUGUUUGUGCCUGAUAGUGGUAUUAACAGUAAUACUAGGUUAUCAAGAAAGAAGAAAUACGAGCGUUAGACGAAAAGGAGCUGAAAUUACCUAAUCAAAGAGCAGUUUAUCACUUAUUUCGUCGGCCACAUAUAGUCACGCCCAUGACGACUAAGCUAAUGAAGAACACCAUGAUAAUUUUUAUUGAAAAACACCGGCAGAGCGUUUGGCGCCAUCAUACAGCCCGUAGCGCCUAAGCGUAUAGGUAUACUAUUAUUAUUUUUUAUCAAUCAUGAGAACUAUUCUAAGCAUCGUUGACUAUCGAGGGCGGCGGCUGGCGCCGGCGUAUUCCUCGCUGCCCUUGUUGCAUCUGACGGUGCCUAGGUCGGUGGCACCCACGACUAUAAAGGUGCGCGCAGAGAUCAUUGGCAUCCAAAUUACCAAUCUGCAAUUCGUUCUCGUCUGUGUUAGCCAUAGACGGCAGAAUUAAAGCCAUUCCAAAUGACUAAGCUUAAACCCAAUUAUGUGGCAGAAAGAAGCAGAAGACAGCUCUUUCGAAUUUAGCACUGUUCACCAGUAUGUCCCGCAGACGAUGAAAUGCGAGAAUGAACGGCAAGAAAUAAUAGAGGUGCUACCAGCAGCUCUUCGGUUUCAUCAGAUCAAACAACGAACAGGAACAGAAUAGAAAAAGCGAUCAGCAGUCCGACACUUUGUGAGCGCAUCAGCCUGACCUAAGUACCGUAAAUAACAAAGCAAUAAUCGUUCCGCAGCAAUAACCGCAGUAAAUACUCAAGCAAAUAUAAAUCCAAAGACGAUUAUAAGGAAGCCCAAAUUGGAACCCAACCGAGUCUA